AUGCAUUCUAGGAGUCACGGUGUUGGAAGUGUCACGGAAAAGGGCCAGAGUGCAGAGUGGAUGCUAGUACAGAAGGUAAAGGCACCGGUUGCGUUCCUGGACGCCAAUCACAAGUGUUUCUACCCCGACUUCCGCUGCAAGAACAGAGAAUGCAUCCGGCCGUUAUUAGUAUGCGAUGGUGUUCCGAACUGUAAUGAUGGAACAGACGAGACCGAGUGUGAGCCAGACAAGUUCAAAGUGUGUGCAUCUGGCAAGCGCAUUCACCAUUUCUAUUGGUGCGACGGACACGCAGACUGUGAGGAUAACCACGCCGAUGAAAUGGACUGCGGAACGUGCAAGGACACCGAGUUUACUUGUCCAGGCAAUCAGUGCAUCCGGAAAGAGAAGGUGUGUGACGCGCACUGUGACUGCCGUGACUGUGACGAUGAACAGAACUGUGGCGAAAUAUACAUCAGGGAUUCAGGUGUGGUGAAGUGUCUGCAAGGCUCUGCUCUAACCUGCAUCCUGGACUUUGACGAUCGCCAACAAGACAGGUGUAUUGAAGCGAAGAAAAUUUGCGAUAACGUAAGGCACUGUGUCAGUCGAGAGCUGCUGAGCGGGAGGGUCGUGACUGAGGAAUUUAAUUGCUCAGCCAAUAAGAGCGCGCCGUGUCAGCCGGGUUUCUUCGCCUGUCAAGAUGGCCGGUGCAUUCCAUUGACCCUGAAAUGUGACAGAAAACCCGACUGUUUGCAUGCAGAUGACGAAGAAAAUUGCCCACGCACCGAGUGUCAGGAAGGCGAGUGGCAGUGCGAGAGUGGCCAAUGCAUCAGCCUGAGGAACCGAUGUGAUCUUGGCUUCCACUGCUUCGAUAAGUCCGAUGAAAUGAACUGCGACGACCAUCCAUGUGCCGAGGGUUAUCGACGCUGCCAGACAGGACAGUGCCUUCAGGAGGAGCUCUGGUGUGACCAUUUCCCCGACUGUUUCGACCACUCUGAUGAAAAGAGCUGCCAUUGGCGCAACUGCACGGAGUCGGAGUUCGCGUGCGCCGACGGACGCCAGUGCAUUCCCAAGUCGAAGCGAUGCCACUUGUCUGAGAUUCGGGCGGAGAACUGCGCCGACCAGUCACAUUUUCUCAAUUGCAGUAAGUCGCCCAAAUGCCCACCGGGGAUGUACCGGUGCUUGUCAGGCGUGUGUCUGAACGCAAGCAAGAAGUGUAACAUCAGAGGCGACUGUCCUGGCUCUUGGGAUGAUGAAGAAAACUGUCGGUUUGACUUGUUCCUACGGUAGCAACUGCAGCUGCGUCCACCUCACAGCCAAUUGCUCUGGUCUCGCCCUGUUUGAUUUCCCGGUCAUAGAACCAAACAUUCGCCGCAGCAU